AUGCUGCAGAAGGUGGCACAGGUAACCGCCAUAGGGCGCAACGGCAAGGGAGUGCAGUAUUCAAGGAAACUCCCUCACCAGUGGUGCCCUAGUUGGGCACAGGUAGAGCAUCAUUUUUAUGGGUCACAUCAAUCUAAAAGGGGGCUAACACCAGUGCCUGAAGGAGGUGGGGAAAUGAGGCACAGUCGUCAGGGCACGAGGCCGUCCUACAAUAGAGGGUAAGUCCCCCAAAGGGGUGAAGGAGAAAAGAGAAAGAGACACACAAGGGGGGGGGAGACACAAAUGUUGGGAGUGAGAGACAAAAGAAGGGGAAUAAGAGACAUGGAAGGCAGAGGAAGAGACACUGAAGAGGGUAAGAGGUACAAGAUGGAGCUAUGAGAUACAGGAGGAGAGUAAGAAACACGAAAUGGGCAUAGUGGACACAAGAGAGGCAAACAGGAGGAUAUGAAACACAAAAAGGUGUAAAAUGCACAAAAUUGAUGUAAAAUACAGUAAAGGAGAGUAGGACAUUCAAAAUGGAGGUGAGAGACAAAUGAGACUGUAAGACAACAAAUAGGGGAUAAAAGAUGCAAAUGCAGGAAUAAAAGUGACAAAAGGGGGGAAACAAGGCACAAAAGGGGAAAAAGAUGGGUAAAAGGGGGAAAAGGGAGUUACGAGACACACGGAUACAUGGGCAAAGAUACGUUUUGGGGAUUUGUGUCACCAAAAAUCCUUGCACCAUCCCUGCUUGCUUUGUUUUAUGAAUGAAAAACAUUACAUUGACAUAGUGCCAGGGUACUUCUGGUACCAUAACCACUACAGCCAGCAGUGGUUAUGGUGCUUGGAAUGUUCAUUUAAUUUUAAUUCUGACCUGGAAAUACUUAAAAUUGUGAUGUGUUACCAUUGUCAUAUAAAAUAAUCAUGGACUACAUUUUCUUUGUAUACUUGCUUGACAUCAUGGGAAUAGUUGUCCAACCAGUGACUGUAGGGCCACAGGUGGACUGGACUGGACACCCACACUUUGUUUUUAGAAAGACUUUUUUUUAUAGUAAACAGUUCUAUAUAUUUCUUUCAGUUCAGUUUUUUCACAAGGAUUUUACAUUAUAAUAAUAAAAAUUGUAGUAAACCAUUUCUGGAAAAUCAUUUUUGUAACAAAUUAUUCAUUUUACAACUGUCAUUCCUGCCCUUUGAUGUCAUCGGAGUGACAGAUUCCAAAUGUUCCAGUCAUUUGCCAUCACACCUGGCUGGUUAGCUUUCCUCUGAUGAUAUCAUGAAAAUGCCGCUCAUCUGGGCCAGUAGGAAUGGUGACGUGACAGAACAGAUAGAAAGUGUCACCUCUACAAUCUUUAUCAUCCAAGUGUGGUGAUCAUUUGUCUGAAUCCAGAGAGCAAUGAAGAGUAACGUUACCAUGGAGGUGAUCUGACAAAAAACUACGUUGGUAAGUGUAAGAUAUUGGAAUUUGAAACAUUUUAUGGUUUCUGGUAUUAGCCUCUAUUUAACGGAAAGGGUGACAACUCUCUAUAUUUAAACCAUUGUGAUGCUAUCUUACCAUUGUGUUCUCUUCGUAUUGUAUGCUAUAGACAUUUGACAUUUUAUUGUAUAUUUGUAACUAUGAAUGAUAGCAUGCAGUGCAGUGCAGAAACUUUGCAGUUUCAGGGGAUACUUCCCAUCAAACCAUAAAACAAAGGUUAAUCAAUACUGUUAUUAUACCCCUAUUAAAGAAUAAGUUGAUUUCUUGGUUCACAUUUUUCUAGAGCAGUGGUUCCCAACCCAGUCCUCAAGUACCCCCUAACAGUCCAGGAUUUAGUGAAUACCCAGUUGUGUCUAAUGUGUUUUUAGAAGAAAAAAAAAACACUUUAGACACAACAGGGUAAUCCAUAAAUCCUGGACUGGUAGAGGGUACUUGAGGACUGUUUGGGAACCACUGUUCUAGAAUGAAUAGUAGCUCUUCCACAUGGUUUGAAUAUUACCAUUGUAACGAACCCUGAAGUGGUAGCUAUGGGUUUGUAUGAUUUGAGCCGAAUGGCUGAGAGCCUGGGUGAUUAUAGCUCGCCGUUCGGUUCUUCUGGUCGGUAGUUAAAGUCCAAAGAAACUAAAUCCUCUAGUACAGCUUUCCCCAAGUAGUAAUCAGGUACCCAAAUACCAGCUGAAACAUGAUAAAGGGUGAAACAAGACUGAUGUUUAUUGAGACCACACAGGUUUUUAUGGAGGUCCCCUUGCAGGAGGACCUCCCACAGUGCACAAACUAAAUAGCCAAUCAUAAGGUACAGUUACACUUAAACACUCCCUGUCUCCGCUUGUGAGAUAAUGAGAUAAGUUAAGGAAUAACCCAAUUAUCUCCAGGCGAAGUGCACAGAUUUUUCCCAAAACUCAGAACACCCCUUUAUGCUUAAGGUAUCCCCACAAAUGUCACAUCCCCUGAUAGCCCCGAUCUGAGGGAACAACAUAUUCAAAUUUCACCCAGAUCGGUUCAGGGGUUUUCAAAAAGUGUGGAAGUCUUAAGCUACCGACCGCAAACGAAUCUCUUGCCCAAAAUAGUUCCACGAAUUCAGCGUGUACGGUCGGUCAAUUCUGAAAAUGUUAAAUAACUCCAUAAUCCAUGAACGGAGCCUCCUGGCUCAUAGGAGCGAUUGAUCCCCUCACACGAAUACAUCAAAGUACCGAAAAGCGCUCUCCUAGCUGUUCGUAAAAUACAGUUCCAUCGUUCGUAUGUUUAAGACCGGUGUUUGGGAAGUAGAGUGUCCAAUUUUAGUUCCAGACACUCAAUGACCAAGUCCCGCUGCCUUUGUCCUGAACAAACAAGAUGGCCGCAGUUUUCUCCGCCACGUGGCAUUCGUAUAUACGAAUGGCGUCCACCCUGAGAAAGCGCUUAAUUGACAGGCUCCUUUGAAGUCAAUGAGCCAGGAGGGUGGUCUGUGUUCGGUAGUUUCAAUCUACCAAACCAAUGUGGCAUAAACUAGCCGAAUAAACUAAACAGAUGAAUGCUCAGUGAAAACCCCGAACUCCCAGUGGGUUUUCUCACAACCAUGCUUGGCAAUGUCUGCUAUGAUUAUUCUCUUAGACUUAGAGACCAUGACACCUAGCCUGGGAAACCCUGUCUUCAUAACGUUUACUUGUUUGGUCCAUAACGGCCUCUUGUAUAUAGCUUUGACCUUAUGUGUAUUAAAUGUUGUGCUUGUUCUUGAUUUGCCAUCUAAAUCACUUUAUCUGCUCUGUCUCUCAUUUCUUGACAAUAUAAAAGCCCAUAUUUGUGACUCAAAUUAACGGUUGGGGUGCUCCUAGGUUCUUAGGGUAUUUGUCAUCAGGAUAUUGAAACUGAAAUCUUGCUGAGUUGGCUCCUGCUGAGUAGUGACCUAUUCCAGUGUACCGUCAAGCAAGUCCAAUCUAUGGUAAAUCACAAAGAAGUCAGAUGUGGCUCUACGUAGAAUGCUCCUAGCCACACAUCAAAGUGGUGCAAUAAGAUCCAUCAAGAUGAGUCCCAUCUAGAAAUAUUAACUAACUCUUUUUGAAUUGUUUUAUGCUUAACUGGGCACCUGCGAAUCGGCCCCUCUUCCAUUUGGUGCUGUACAAUUAGUUUUUCUUACCAUUAUACAUAUCAUAAACAUUAUAAGGAAGUGCUUAAAAAAUAGGAAAAAUGCAUACAUAGAAUAAUACUGUAAAAAAGUAGAGAUAUACAAUCAUUUAUCAUUAUGUAAAUGUUUCUCUUCUUCAUUAAUUACUCAUAAGGAUACCUGGAGUUCUUCAGUUAGUAAUCUUUAUUCAUCCAUUUGAAGGAUUGCUACGGAGUCGUGAAGCACUAGUAUAUACCGUAUAAUGACGUAUACCAUAUAAUAAAUGCCCAGAUAGCAGAAGUCGCAAUCGCAAUAUAGUGUCCUUUGAAAUAAACUCAAAAAAACAAAAGCACAUAGGGUAUACUAAGAUAUAUAAAUUUAAACAUGCCAAUUUCAAGAAGAUAAAGGCAGAUUUACAAUAUAUUGACUGGUAUAAACUCUUUAGUGAAAAAACACUAAGGAUAAAUGGAAUAUCUUCGAACAAAUAUUAGAAAGGUAAAUUUCUCUGUAUGUACCAUUGGGUAAUACAUAUAAAAGAAAAAUAAAUUGAAACCAAUGUGGUUUAGGGGGAAAGUGAAAAAAGAAAUAAAAAUAAGAGAAGGGCAUUUAAAUCAGACAAAUCAGAGGCAUCCUAUAAAAGAUAUAAGAAAGACAAUGAUGCAUGCAAAAAGGCAAUUAGAUUUGCAGAACUACAAAACGACGAUGUGAUAGCCAGAGAGCAAAACCAACCCCAAAGCAUUUUUUAAGUACAAAAAUAUAAAAAAUAAAAAAAAAUGAAAGUCUAGUUACACCGAAAACUGGGAUAGUGGUAUUAGUUAAUGAAAACCAGGAAAAAGCUGAAAUUUGAAAAACUAUUUCUACUCAGUAUAUAUGAAGGAAGAAUCAAUGGCUAUAGAUAUGCAAAUAAUUGCCACAAAAAACUUGUAAUUGGAUGACUCCAGACAUGGUGCUGCAGCAACUAAAGAAAGUUAAUAUAAACUUGGCCUGAUGGUAUUCACCCACGAGUACUUAAGGAACUAACUGUGGAAAUAAGUCAACCUCUGUUUUUAAUCUUUCAAGAUUCUUUUCUUUCAGGAACUGGAGGAUUGGAGGAAUCUGACUGUCAUUCUGGGUUCAAGAAGGAAUUAUUUUCCUAGUUUGUUGCAGAAAUUAGAAGUGUUUAAAACUGGAUUUGCCUUCUUUUAGAUCAACAGCAAAAAAACUGACUUGAAUGUAAGUCUAUGAUAAUACGGACAAGAAUAUUCAGGUAUCAAUAAUCUACUGUCAUAGAUUUUACCACUGCUGAUUUAUUUUAAAUGGGUCAGAACCAAACCAGGUAAGAAUUAAUUUAAAUAAGUUAAAGAUGGGUGUAGGCCACUACCUGGGUAUAGGACCUCGUCCUACCAUUCCAGUUUUUCUGCCAGGUUGUGUCACAUGCAGAUACACUAGAUAAGUCCAGAGCAUGUCAGUCCAUAUGUAAGUACUUCAGUAGAGUUCUGUUUCCAAUGCAUCCCUGCAUAACCCAACUACACUAUUAUAUCAUGCCUCCAUAAUGAUCAGGAACAAGCAAGGAAUUCAUAUUGCACCACCUGGGUGCCCCCACAUUAUCGCUACUCACCUUCUUCCUGGCAUGGCUUCAUAAUCACCAAAUCUAUUUGUAGAGGUUACAUCUAUUUGUAGAGGUUACCUGUGGUUCUCUGUUCUUCCUUGCAUCAGUUUUGAUGCCAAGCACAAUCAAAGUCCAAACCUGCAUAAUUCGAGCAUCAUUUUUGAUGCAGAACAAUGCUCCCCUGUGUCCUUUUCUAGUAAGAUUUUCCAGUGUCAAUGUUCACACGCAACCAGUUCGGCAUCAUUCCGUUUUUGAUGUACACACCAAACCUAUAUGAGCCUUCCUGGAGUUUAGCUGGGAUCUCAUUUGUGAUCCAAAUACUGCGUUCUUUAUUCAGUGUAUUCUCUGUUAAAGCGACUCGACUUGUUUGACUAUCCUAAUCUCUGGACUCCUAGACUUGGCCUGGAAUUAUGUUCUUGUUUUCCCUGACCUUGGCUCAUUUACUGACUUUGCUAUUUUCACCUACUAUAAGCACUGUGUUAAAGCCCGGCCAAUCUAACAACUAGUAAUACGCCGCAAUCCCUUUUAAUACUGUUAAGGUAGCAUAGGUUCAGGUUUUGUGUGGUGGGUUUACCUCUUCAUCCUGACAGUCUGUAUUAUUUAUGGGUUUCCAGCUGAGGGAACCAAGUCUAAUGACACUGCUAGCAGAAGCUUUGAAAUAAGAAUACUUAGCUGUGUAUUCGCGGCCCCAAUCCUGUAUAUGCUGAUUCGGCAAAUGAAAGUUACAUUCACUAUUGGCAGCUGGGUCCAAAAUGAUGUUACCUCAGCCAAUAGAAAGCGCUGACCUGAUGUUGGCUUGCCAAGUAGCUGUGCCAAAAUUUACACAAAUAGAUUUUUUAUUGCAGACACAGUAGAAUCUUGUGCAUAUGUACUUACGAAGCGAUCAAGAUUAAAUCAACGGGGUUCAUAUGAAAUUAAGGCAUUUAACCUCUCAUAUGUGAUUUUCUUUUUAAUCAGUUGGACAUCUAUUAACCUAAAGUUAUUUUAGGUAAAGCAACUUUUACAAUCAUUAAAUCCUUGGAGACCAAUUAUCAUACUACUUGAAAAGCACUUGUUUAAAUCCACCAUUUCGACAUUGAAGAGAAUAGUAGGGAAAACAUUUCCAGAUACAGAUAUAAAUACUAGUCCAAGGCUCAAGGACCUAGGCUUUUGGUGCUUAGAGUGUGUCACCUGUCAGUACAUAUAGAAACACUGUAUACAGAAUUGUCGACAGAACCAUGUAUAGAAAAAAAAAUUAAAGAAAGCUCCAGGGCAACUAAUGUGACACUGUCUAUGAAGCAGGAUUAGGUCUAAUAGAAUCCAAGGCUGGUUACCAGUUCGGGGGGUCCCCUCUAUAAUCUUAGUAUACAGAUGGUGAAUCUGCCUAACCCUUAGAUUCUAGACAUCUGCCUAAGGUUUUCUUAUGUUGUCACUUAAGGGGUACUUUGCAUUUUGCAAGUCCUAUCACUGGUGACAUAUCCACUGCAUGGUGGCACCUGGGUGAGAAGGACAUGGGACUUAUCAUUACUUCAAGUUCCCCAAGUUAGGCCCUUUUUGUAUUCCUUUUAAUUCCCAGGCAUUAAAGCUAGCUGGAAUGUGUAAUUUCAGAUGCCCCAUUUCAGUAUGAAAAGGUGCAGAGUUUUUGAGGACCUGAUGGUACUUAGUAGAUUUCAUUCAAAUUAAAGCAUUCCACAAAAAUGUGAGCUUGUCAUGCUACAUGAGACCACUGCAAUGCUGGUUCAUUUUCCCAUAUAAUAUAUACACUGAUUAGAUACAAUAUUAAAACCACCUGCCUAAUAUCGUGUAGGUCCCCCACGUGCUGCCAAAAUAACUCUUAUGUGUCGACGCAUGGACUCCAUUAGACAUCUAAGCAUGUCUUGUGGUAUCUGGCACCAAGACAUUAGUAGUAGAUCCUUUAAGUCCUGUAAGUUGAGAGGUGGGGAUUCCAUGGAUCUGAUUAGUUUUUCCAGCACAUCCCACAGAUGCUCAAUUGGUUUGUGAUAUGGGGAAUUUGGAGGCCAAGGGAACACCUUGAUCUCUUUCUCAUGUUCCUCAAACCAUCCUGAACAGUUUUUCCAGUGCAGCAGGGUGCAUUAUCCUGCUGAAAGAGGCCACUGCCUACAGGGAACACCAUUGCUGUAAACGGGUGUACGAGGUCUGAAACAAUCUCUAGGUAGAUGGUAAGUGUCAAAGUAAGAUCCACAUGAAUGCCAAUGUUUCCAAGCAAAACAUUGUAUAGAACAUUGCCUUCUUCCUGCAGCAAUCUGCAACUGUACACGCACCUGGUCAUCCAUCUGAUCUAAAAGAAAAAGUGUCUGAUCAGACCAGGCAAUCUGAUUCCAUUACUCCAUGAUCCAGUCUGAUGCUCACAUCCCCAUUGAAGGCGCUUUCGGUGGUGGACAGUUACGCAGCCCAUAUGCAGCAAACUACAAUGUACUUUGUGUUUUGACACUUUUCUAUCAUGGCCAUCAUUACAUUUGUCAGCAAUUUGAGCUACAGUAGGUCUGCUGUGUGAUCCGACCAUAUGGACUAGCCUUCUCUCCCCAUGUGUUUAAAUGAGUCUUGGGUGCCCAUGACCGUGAUGCUGGUUCACCGGUUGUCCUUCCUUCCACCACUUUUGGUAGGUACUAACCACUGCAUACUGGGAACACCCUACAAGACUUGUCGUUAUGGAGAUGCUCUGACCCAGUUGUCUAGCCAUCACUAUUAGGCCCUAGUCAAAGUCACUAAGAUCUUUUCGCUUGCCCAUAUUUGCUGCUUCCAACACACGAAAUUCAAGAACUGACUGUUCACAUGCUGCUUAAUAUAUCCCACCCAUUGACGGGUGCCAGUGUAACAAUAUAAUCAAUGUUAUUCACAUCACCUGUUAGUGGUUUUAACUCCUUAAGGACACAUGAUGGAGAUGUAUUGUCAUGCCGGCCUUUUAUUUCCGAAGCUGUGUUGUGGCUGAUCAGUGUUUAUAAAUAUAAUAUAGAUUUAAUAUAGAUUGUAUUUUUAAUUUCUACUAUAUAUAAGUAUAUACAUUUUCCAUAAUAACCCCAGUCGAUUAUGCAUUCCCUAAUAGUUCAAACAUUUAAGAGACUUAAAAACCCACCUCUUUAGGAAAACACACAUACUCCCAUGUGUCUGUAUUCAUCGUUAAUGCAGUCAUAUACUGUUUACAGACUAUGCCACCAAUACACAUGCAAUCGUUUUCUACUUUAAAAAAAAAUGCUUAGUUAUUUGACCUCUAAAACACCAAAAGCAUGGUGCGUUACAAAGUUGGCACAAAGGAAGUGAUGCACCUAAGCCCAGAAUCCCGUCAGUGUAAUACCAGUAUGGUGAAACGCCCCGUGUGUUACAAACACAAAAGAAGGACAGGCCGAAAGACGCUAGGAAGCCUAAUUGCAAUAAUUGGAGAAAGAAACAGGAAUAAUUCUAUCUGAUGAAGCCAGUCCAGGUGAAACGCGUUUUGGACUUAUUUUGUCUUUAUUUCUUUUUGAUAGCAUUGUUUUUACUUUAUUGUUAUAAAUUCCUAAUUUAUACCAAACUGAGUGGAAUCUUUUUGGAGAUAAUCUAUGCCAUAUAGAGUGUUGAGCCAUCUACAUUAGGCUCAGAGGAAUGUGAGUGCUUCCAUUUAUAGUUGUAUGGGCAUUAUACCUAAACAGGAUUAUCCCAUGAGGCUUUCUCUGUUUCUGCAGUGUCUGCAUAUGCCAUUUACCAUCUUACUGAAGAAGGACUAUCCCCAAUAGUCCUAUUGCAUCCUUCACCAAAAUUGUGUUUGCUCCACCUAUUUUGUGUGUGUGUGUGUGUGUGUUUGCCAAAAGACGUUUGCCUGACUAGUAUUUAGGCAAAGCCAUCUGCUGAGCAGGGGCCACUUUCCCAGGGGUUGCCUGGGGGCCUCCUGAUGAACAGGGGCCACUUUCCUUCAAGGAUGCUAGGUAGCUAUUUUUGACCAAGGGCCACUUUACCUGGGUGUGUAUUGGUGAGCAGGGAAUAUUUUCCUAUAGAGCCUGUGCAUUUAUUGGCAAGCAGGGGCCACUUUACCAUCAAUUAGCAAGUAUGGAUGCUUUCAUAGAGCACCUGGGGCAUUUAUUGGCUAGCAGGGGCCAUUUCCUGGGGUCCCUGGUUGCUUAUUUGCAAGCAGGGGAGGGGAAAAUUUCCUUGAGGGUCUCCUAGGUGGCUUUUGGCAAGGAGCAACGUUCUGAGAAUGCCUGGGUGUUUAUUGCUGAACAGGGGGUCACUUUCUGGGAUUAAGUGGCCCCUUUCCCAGGUCGCCUGGGCCCCUGUAUGUUAAGCAAACGGCUCUAUAAUCUGAAAAUUUAAAAAACAGUAAGAAACGUGCAAAACUAUUUGCUUGAAUACUAGUUAGGAAAGUGGCAUUUCACUGGGUAGAUAGUGUUUGAAAGCUAAAAAUAACUUUUCCUAGACAAAAGAUUUUAAAUUUAAACACUACACACUGAUGUUAUGCUGCAUUAUAUUGACACAAGACAAGAUAGGUUCAAGGACCGUGCAGUUUACAUCAAAAUCCUGACCCAACUACCUGUUUAUAGAAAUUCAAGUUGAGUAAGAAUAUGAUAUUGCCCAUGCCUUCAAUCAUCUAGUUUUGCUAAUCAUGAUCAUGUAUGGCCCGUCCUACCUCUUCAGGUUCCAGGAUUGUCCCCCCGCAUGGUCCUCUCCUACUGUAGCCCAUCCAUCAAUGCAUAGUGUGUUCAGAGAUGCCCUUGGUGGCAUCACUGCUGUGAAAAGUAGUUACGUGAAUAUUUCUGGCCUAUGUGUCAGCUUGAACAAUGUUGGCCAUUCACCUCUGACCUGCCUCAUUAAAAAAAAUGGUUUCUGACGAAACUGACUCUCACUGUGUGUUGUUUUAAUUUACUGUAUCAUUCAUUGCAAAACUGUAGAGAAUGUUCUGAGAGAUGGUCGUCUGUUUCUGAAAUUCCAGAACAUGUGUGUGCGUGUGUGUGUUUGUGUGUGUGUGUGUGUGUGUGUGUAUAUAAAACAUAACAUUAAACUGCUUAGCAUUUAAACAAGCAAAUUUUACAGAAAAGUCCAGUUAUAUCUAUCAACAACAAACAAUCCAUUUGUGUAUAUUUAGACAAUUUGACGUUUUCAUUGAUAUAAAAACCACCAAGGCACAUAAUUAGUUAAAAUGGUCACUCAUACACAAAUUGGCCAAUUUACACACUUACCUAGUACCCCUAUGCCUUCCUGCUAAGUUAUGCAUCUCGUGAUCUUACAAAUCAAUAAAUAAUCCUACUAUGCAAAAUAAAUGUGUGUUUUUUUAUUUGAUUGUAAGCUCUGUGGUCAAGGAGUUAUAUUUAUUUUGGAAACAAAGUGUCUGCUGGUGGAUGUGUAUGUUUGUAUGUAUGAGUAUGUAUGUGUGUGUGUGUGUGUGUGUGUGUGUGAUAUACGUGAAUGUGGUUGGGAGGGGGAGGUGUGCAAUGUGGGUGAGGGGUGGGGGUGAUUUUAUUGUAGCAGAUUUUUGGCAACCCUCCAAAUCCUUUUUUUUUUCAUACCUAUCACACAUUUCUCUGAUAGAGAACAGCAGAGAUAGACAGUCUUUGUGGUGAUCACACAUAGAGAACUGGGAGUUUAUGAGCCAGACCCUCCUUGACAGCUGGAAAAACAGUACCUGAUUCAUCAACUGGUUUAAUUACAGCAUGGGCACAGCACAGGGGGAAGAAAUCCAAAAAUGUAUUACAUAUAUACCAUAUAUUCUUAGUUAUAAAUAGCCAACAUGCACCACUGAUUGGGGUUAUAGAAAAGUUGAAAUCAUUCCAACACUGCAUGUAAUCUAAAUGAAUGGGUUAAUAAAUAGAAUGUCACAGGCCAAGGGACCCAGCUAUAUGUGUAUGAGCAUGUGUGGGUGUGGAUAGAUUACACUGAAUGGAGUGUAUUGUCUCAUUUACAGGUUAGUGAGGGAAUGAUACAAUCUCCUGGUCUCCAUGCAGAUACUACAUUGGAGCUCCAAUUGUGACCAAUAUGAAUUGUUUCUUAAGCUAGCACUGGGUCCCUUUUAAUGUAAUUUAUAAAGAAAAGUAAAAAUGUUAAAUCUAAUACAUAUUUUUUAAAAGAUCUAUCUAUCUAUCUAUCUGUCUAUCUAUCUAUCUAUCUAUCUAUCUGUCUGUCUAUCUAUCUAUCUAUCUAUCUGUCUAUCUAUAUAACUACCUAUCUGUAUCUAUCUAUCCAUCCAUCCAUCUCUCUCGCUCUAUUUAUCUAUCAAUCUUUGUCUAUCUAUCUAUCUAUCUAUCUAUCUAACUAUAUGUAUCUGUCUAUCUAUAUGUGUCUAUCUAUCUAUCUAUCUAUCUAUCUAUGUCUGUGUAUCUAUUUAACUAUCUAUCUGUAUCUAUGUAUGUAUUUACCUAUCUAUCUAUCUAUCUAUCUAUCUAUCUAUCUAUAUAACUAUCUAUCUGUAUCUAUGUAUCUAUCUAUAUAUCUAUCCAUCUAUCUUUCUAUCCAUCCAUCUCUCUAUCUUUCUAUGUAUCUAUAUAUCUUUGUCUAUCUAUCUAUGUAUAUAUUUAACUAUCUGUAUCUAACUAUGUCUAUCCAUCUAUCUAUUUAUAUAUCUAUGCCUAUCUAUCUAUCUAUCUAUCUAUCUAUCUAAUUAUAUGUAUCCAUCUAUCUAUAUGUGUCUAUCUAUCUAUCUAUCUAUCUGUCUAUGUAUCUAUUUAACUAUCUAUCUGUAUCUAUGUAUGUAUUUACCUAUCUACCUAUCUAUCUAUCUAUAUAACUAUCUAUCAGUAUCUAUGUAUCUAUCUGUCUAUCAAUCUAUAUAUCAAUCCAUCUAUCUGUCUAUCCAUCCAUCUCUCUAUCUUUCUAUGUAUCCAUAUAUCUUUGUCUAUCUAUCUAUGUCUGUCCACCUAUCUAUUUAUAUAUCUAUGUCUAUAUAUCUAUCUAUCUAUCUAUGCCUAUCUAUCUAUUUAUCUAUAUAUGAUUAUCUAUCUCUGUCUAUCUGUCUAUAUCUAUCUGUGUCUGUUUAUCUAUAUGUGUCUCCAUAUUUAUCUAUCGAAUCUGACAAUGUACAUUAAAUAUAACAGUGUGUAGCUGACAGUGUGCAGUGCAUUGUAUAAACGUGAGUAGUGUUUAUAGCUGAUAAUAAAUAUUAUAAUCAUUUUUACAGCUUUGAUCUCACUGAGAACACUGUGUAACUCUGCAAUACAUUUAUUAUCUAUGUGUAACUAUGUAAAGUUUGUAUAUGAGUGUGCAAUAUAUAUAUAUAUAUAUAUAUAUAUAUAAUUGUGUAAAACCUGCCUCUCUCUAAAUGCAUCACUUAUAUAGUAUAUCUUAUAAUGUGUAUUGUAUUAAGUGCAUAAUAAAUAUAACCUAUCAUUGUACAUUAUAAAUAAAUAACUAAAAUCAGUACAUUGUUGUGUACAUUGUGUAAAUAGUGCAUUGUGCAUUGUAUAUAAUUGUGAAUACAUUGGAUAUAAUAUGUUAUUAUUAUUAUAUAUAAUAUUAUUUUAUGUAUUACAAAUUAUUUUGCAUUGCAUUGUAUAUGGGAUAUGUGGGCAUUUGUCACCAUACAUUAUAAAUACCUGGUUUAAUUGUGUAUCUGUCAGUGUACAUUGUACAUGACAGUGUACUUUCUGUAUGUGUCUAUGGCCAUUAUCUCUGAUUGUGUACUUUAUGCAUGUGACAGUGUGUAUAUUAUAUACCAGGUUAAUGUGCCUGACCAUGUAUAACCUUACACUACCUUGAUGUGAUAGUAUGCAAUGUAGAUAUAGCUGGUUAGUGUGUGUCUGACAGUGUACAUUCAUUGCAUCUCUAUUUUAUCUGUAUUUGAUAAUAUGUGAUAUCAGUGUGCAUAGUACAUAGCUAAACAUUGGGUAAUAAUACACGGUGACUGUAACUAUGUAUUUCUUACAAUUAUCUCUGUAUCAUUCUAGUCUUAUAAACUCCAGAGCUUAAAUGAACUAUGCCAUCCUAAAGAUGCUUGUGAUGCUAAGGAGAACAUUAUUUUGCAAUCUGGUCUAUUUAAUCCAUUAAUAAGAAAUACAUGUCUUUCUGAGCCUGGUCUUGUAUAAUCGGGGUGUAUUGGUCACAUAGCCCCCCCUUUCUCCCCUGAUGGACCUGACACCCCAAUAUCCAUCGUUGUUGGCUCCUAUAUUUACCCUAUCACCCUCCACCCUGACUUGGCUCUCCUCCCUCCUCAGAAUUGGGUGUUUAUAACCCCCACCCCUGCCUUUCCUCCCAUUACAGACACACACCCUCUCUCAAGGUGGGUAUCUUUACAUGCCCCCUCCCUUAUCUGCACAUUUUCUGCCCUUUUUUUGCAGUGUGAACAGGUCUGGAUAAUCUAUCCCUCUCUUCUCUCUUUCUUUUCCCUCAUUCUCUCUCUCUCUUUCUCUCUCUCUCUUUUUUUUUUUUUAGGAGAGUGACAGAUGGUAAGUCCUCCCCCCCCAGGGACCCAAAUCUCCCUCAAUCCAACCGCACGUCAAUCAGAAGCUCCCGUGUGAUCGCUCCCGUGGAUGACGUGCCAACCAUAUGGCCUGGCAUCAUAGCUGGUACCAUGACUGGGUAG